GGGGCAAAUGUGAAGUUGUCCCCGAAGCGGGUUUCAAGUAGGGUUUUACAGUUUGCUCUCUGGUCGGACGGCGCGCCGACGCGAUGCUUCGCUCCCUAGUCCGCUGCCAUGCGCUCCCUCCGUCGACGCAACUCCGUCGCGUCCUCUUCUUCUCCACCGGAACUUCCGUCUCCUCCUCAGGCGUCACUGCUUCUCCCGAUCCCCACUUCAUCGUCGAAUACCUCAUGAAUUCAUGCGGGUUCUCCGCCGACGAUGCUUCCAAGGUUUCUAAGUUUUGCCCUCGUAUUAAGUCCACAGAGAAGGCUGACGCCGUUCUUGGAUUCUUCAAAUCUCAGGGCCUUGAUGGUGCUAAUCUGAGAAGGAUAAUAGCUUGGAAACCAGGAUUGCUCGGCUGGGAUGUGGAGACGAACCUUGCUCCAAAGUUUAAAAUUUUGCGCGACAUGGGAUUAUCUGGGUCCGACAUCAUCGAUGUCAUUCGGCGGCACCCUAUCGUUAUUGUCUCCAACAGCAAGAUCCCGCUUCUCCUCCGAUUUAAGGUUUGGGAAAGUUUAUUGGGAUCAAAGGAGAUCCUCCUCAAGAAUCUCCGGAGGUGUGGAUGGUUUUUUAGCAGCAACAUUGAGAAUGUAGUGCGCCCCAACAUGAACUUCUUACGGGAUGAAUGUGGUAUUCCUCAAGACCGGAUUUCCCUUGUCAUUAAAAGGCACCCCAGCUUCAUCGCGCAGAAUCCUGAAUCCCUCCGGGCUUUGGUAGAUAGAGCUGAGGGGAUUGGAAUUCCCCGUGAAUCUAAAAUGUUCCUUUGGAUUCUUGAUGUGCUGCACGGGGUCAGCAGGGAAAAAUUUGAGGCCCAUGUAAAGAUCAUGAACAGCUUUGGUUGGUCGAACUCGGAUUUUGUUUCUGUAGUCAAGAAGCAUCCAACUUUUUUAUGUCUUUCAACAGAGGUAUUGCAGAGAAAGAUGGAAUUUUUAGUUAAGGAUGUUGGAAUGGCACCUUUAGACAUUGCUAAGAAGGCAGUGGUUUUACGAUUAGGUUUGGAAAAGAGGUUAAUUCCUCGAUUUCAUGUGAUGGAGAUUUUAAAAUCUGAAGGGUUAUGGACUUCACAGAUGAUGUUAUCUACGUUUUUCUCAUCGCCAGGACCAAAAUUUUUGCAGAAGUAUGUACUCCCUUAUAAAGAUAAAUUACCCAAACUGCUUGAAGUCUUGUGAAUUGUAGCUGAGUUUGAGAGGAAUAUCCAGCAGGGGUUUAUUUGGUGCUUACUGCUGCAAUGGCAUGCAUAGCUGCUAUUGCUUUUCUUUGAUAACCCAGUGGGAUACUGCUGCAAUGGGACACCUGUAUUCCAAUGAUCACCCACAUUUCAAGUGUAGCUCUAUGGAUCCUAGCAUCCUUCUCAGAAUGUGGAGACAACCCCUUCUCCAAAGUUCCAAUCAUCCUGCAAUACAGGGCUUUUGAUAGAUUGAGUUCAGAUGGUAUAAAUGAAUCAAAUCACUCAUGAGCUAUUUGAAUCUCGAUUCGAUAAAAGUUCGUUUGAGCUCUUUUAAUGAGGCUCGUUAAAA